AGUGCUUUCCUGGUACCCUUUGGCUCUUCACACUUGAGUGGCGGUGCAUUCACUUCUUACUCAUUAUUUUGUCAAGGUCCCAACUAUUUGAUGUUCCUCAACGAAAUUAAUGUGUUUCCAAAGUUGUCUAAUUAAGAGUAGAAUCUCACAUGAAAGCUGCCCACUAUUAAUAAAUAUCUUUAAAGACGUUACGACUAAAAUGAGGAUGGAAAUGGUUCUUCCUCCAAAAAAUUGAACGCCUAUAAAUGCAUUCUCAUCAAUUCACCAACCCCUACCAUUAAAGAAAUCACAGCUAAUAUAACCCUCUCUGUUUCUUGUGCCCUCAUAAUAAAUACUACCUUUUUCACAUUGCCCCCUACCAACAGCCUAUAACACAUACAUUCACAAGAAAUCAUUAGUGUAAUACUACUAAGAAAUGAUGAAAACUCUACUUGUUGCUCUUUUUCUCCUCCAUCUAAUUUCACCAAUAAGCACAUCCUCCAGUGGCAUUGUCCGCACAUCUUGCGUGCACGCCAGUUAUCCGACAAUUUGCAUCAGAACACUCUCUUCCUACUCUGGUUCAGCCAUCAACACUCCACAAGAUUUAGCUGAAGCCGCUGUGAAAGUCAGCCUUUCCCGAGCCCAGAAAGCGUCCCGCUUCCUGUCGGAGUUGAAAGUGGAAAGCAAAAGAGAGAAAGGAGCAUUGAGUGAUUGUGUAGAACAGAUGGGAGACUCAGUGGAUGAGCUGAGGAAGAGUGUGUCAGAACUGAAGCAUCUCCGUAGAGGGAAUGCAUUCAAGUGGCAAAUGAGCAAUUUGGAGACUUGGGUCAGUGCUGCUUUGACAAAUGAAGACACAUGUCUUGAUGGGUUUAAGGAAAUUGAUGGCAAAAUUAGGUCUGAUGUGAAACGCAAGAUUACAAAUGUUGCUAGAGUUACUAGUAAUGCACUCUACCUCAUCAACCAACUUGAUGACUCUCCCAACAAAAGUCCUCAUCCUUGAUCAUUAAUUAAUUCCUUAAUUAACAUUACCAGGUUAGUUAAUUGGUUGUCCUUUUUCUUUUUUCUGUGGUAACUAUGUAUUUUAUAAGUUAAACCAGUAUUAUUAAUGGUGCAAUUGUAAUGUAAGAAUUGUCUAAAUUCCAGUA